UGCCAAGGUUGUUUGCGGAGUGGACAGGUCUUCGAAUUUCCCGCCGGCCGAAGCGAAGGAAGUUCCGCCCGAACACAAAAGAGGUGAACUCUCCGCCGGUACGGUUCGAAUCGCACGGGAAUAUCAGGAACACAACGAACCAGUUCUUAUAACUCUCUGAGAAUGAAACACUAAAUAUAAUAGGGAGAGAAGUUGGACUACGAUUUUCAGAGUCUGUGCGUUUAUUUUGUGGGGACAAAAGAUGACCAAACGUCGCCGUUCGAGUUCUACGGAGGCCACACGCAGCCCGAGCAAGAGGGCCAGCCGGCGGAGAGCGCCAAACCCUCCCCCGGCCUCCCCUAACAACGCCGCCCAGCAAGGCCCGAGAACGAGGAGUCGCUCAAGGAGGCAAACAGGGGAGUCUGAAGACGCAGAAAGUCGAGAUGCAGGCACAAGUCGCGCUACAGAGCCGACAGAACCAGCUGGGGAGACUUCACAGUCUCCCGUGUCGCAGGACCAAAGGUCGGCUAACACGGAAGCGGCCCAAGAGCGACCCUCGACUUCUGAAGAACAAGAUUCAACAAACUCUCGAGUACCAGAGGAAGUUGUGCAGAUGUACCAAACUUUGAGUCAAGAAUGGAGCAGAAAACCGCCAAAUCUGCAGAAAUGCGGCGAGCAGCUCUCAAAGCUAAAGGUCUGCCUACUUGAGCUCAGUUUCUUGCCUACAGCCGACACCAAACCUUCCAAACAAGAGCUGCUGGUUGCACGUGACAUAUUGGAGAUUGGUGCUCAGUGGAGCAUCAUGAUGAAGGACAUCCCUGGGUUCGAGCGCUACAUGGCACAGCUCAAGUGCUACUACCUGGACUACAAGACGGAGCUGCCCGAGUCGGCGUACAAGUACCAGCUGCUGGGGCUGAACCUGCUGUGUCUGCUGUCCCAGACCAGACUGGCAGAGUUCCAUACAGAGUUGGAGUUGCUCCCGUCAAAGGAAAUCUACAACAACAUCUACAUCAAACACCCCGUGUCUAUGGAACAGUACCUGAUGGAAGGCAGCUACAACAAAGUUUUCCUGGCCAAGGGGAACGUUCCAGCCGAGAGCUACGGCUUCUUCAUCGACAUCUUGUUGAACACCAUCAGGGAUGAGAUAGCUGCCUGUGCAGAGAAAGCCUAUGACAGGAUAUCCAGCACAGAGACGGCCAGGAUACUGUUCUUCGAAAACAAGAAAGAUGUAAAGGAGUACGCAGCAAAGCGCGGCUGGACGUUGAGACCAGAUCACUUCUUUGAGUUCAACAAGGAGCCCGAGAAGAAAGAAGAGACAAUCCCAGCCAAUGAGCUGGCAUCGCAGGCCAUAGAAUACGCACGAGAGCUCGAGAUGAUCGUCUAGCACUGGGCUUUUGUUGUUGUAACUAGCUGUCAUACUUUUUAUAUCCGGGAAUUCAAAAUUUCAGUCCAACUUUCAAGAAUUUCGAACAAGUCCACAGUAUGCUACUAAGACAAAUGUAGCCCCAGAGAUUAUUAUUUUUGCCAUGAAAAAUACAGUCUUUCAUAUUAUCUUAUUUCCAACAUGGAUGGGUACAAGUAAAGGUUUAGAAAAGACUUAGCAGUCCUUCCUGCAUAACAGAGUAUCAUCACACCUCGAUGGACCUGUGCUAUUUUGCAGGAAUACCACUCUAGGAGGAGAGUUUUAGGAUACCAUAGAAUAAAGUCAUACCUUAAAAAUGUAAUUUCUCUAUGAUAUUGUGAGAGUAGUGUACACUGUCGGUCAGGUGCACUCGUGUGAGCUACGAAAAAGAUGUUAACAUUGGAUGGGAAGAUGUGUCUGGAAGAAAUAAAUGAAUGCUUGGCCAUUGAUAAUA